CAUUUGCUGAGGCUACGCGGUGACGUCAUAUGUUCUGUCAUCACGCAGCGAAUCAGCAGAGAUGCGGUCGGUGCUCCUGAACGCUGCCGCUCGAAGGUGCAGCUCUUAAACCAUGAACUUCAUCGUGUUCUUCACAUCUACCUGAGAAGCGCACCGUCAGCCAUGCCUGUCACCACGCAGCUGCUCAGAAGUUUACCUCGUGCCAAGGUCUUUGCUUUGAGUCUGUUACCGUGCCAACAUCACCGGUCUCAGUUCCAGCCUGUCACUCACCGACCUACAUCACAGGCACAAGCUUCUUUAGUACCUUGUCUGAACCGGUCACGUGCUUUCCAUAGCAGCACCACUCUGCACAGCUACAUCCUCACCCCCCCACAGGUCAACUCCAUUCUGAAGGCAAACGAGUACAGCUUUAAGGUGCCGGAGUUUGAUGGGAAGAAUGUGUCAUCGGUGAUGGGCUUUGAAAGCAAUCAGCUACCUGCCAACGCUCCAAUUGAAGACCGCCGCAGUGCAGCGACUUGUCUGCAGACCAGAGGAAUGCUGCUAGGUGUGUUUGAUGGUCAUGCUGGCUGCGCCUGUGCCCAGGCUCUGAGCGAGCGGCUUUUCUACUACAUCGCAGUCUCACUGCUCCCUCACGACACUCUGUGUGAGCUGGAGGCAGCGGUAGAAUCAGGUCGAGCCCUCAGUCCCAUCUUGCAGUGGCACAAACAUCCCAAUGACUACUUCAGCCGAGAAGCUCAGACACUCUACUUUAACAGCCUGCGAACCUACUGGCAGGAGUUGAUCGAUCUGACCAGUCCUGGAGAGAUCCCAGACACCCGGGAGGCAUUACUCAAUGCCUUCAAGAGGUUGGACAACGACAUUUCUCUGGAGGCUCAGGUCGGAGAUCCGAAUGCUUACCUCCAUUACUGGGUUUUGAGGGUGGCCUUCUCAGGAGCAACAGCCUGUGUGGCUCACAUUGAUGGAUCAGACCUCUACAUAGCUAACGCAGGCGAUGCUCGAGCUGUCUUGGGGGUUCAGGAGGAGGAUGGCUCCUUCACUGCUCACACCCUCUCCAAUGACCAUAGCGCUCAGAACGAGGAAGAGGUGGCCCGGAUACGAGGGGAGCACCCACCGUCCGAGAGGAAAACGGUUAUAAGACAGGACCGACUGCUGGGCCUCCUCAUGCCGUUCAGAGCAUUCGGUGAUGUGAAGUUUAAGUGGAGUAUUGAGCUGCAGAAGCGCGUGCUGGAGUCUGGACCAGAUCAGUUGCAUGAGAAUGAGCACACCAAGUUCAUUCCCCCAAACUACCACACGCCGCCGUACCUGACAGCUGAGCCAGAAAUCACGUACCACAAACUGAGGCCCCAGGAUCGAUUCAUGGUGAUUGGCUCCGACGGCCUCUGGGAGACCCUCCACAGACAGGAAGUGGUGCGGAUCGUCGGCGAAUACCUCACAGGAGUUCACCAGCGACAGCCUCUUAAAGUCGGGGGCUACAGGGUCACACUGGGACAGAUGCAGGGUCUGCUGGAGGAGAGGAAGGCAAGGGUCUCUUCAGCUUUCGAGGACCACAAUUCGGCCACCCACCUGAUGCGACAUGCAGUGGGAAACAACGAGUUUGGCACCGUGGACCAUGAGCGACUCUCCAAAAUGCUUUCGCUACCAGAGGAACUCGCCCGCAUGUACCGCGAUGACAUAACAAUCAUCAUCUCGCAGUUCAACCCACAUGUGGUCGGAGCGCAGCAGCAAUAGGGGCAGUGACAACGCACACACUUCAGACUUUGUAUCUGUGACAAAGCACUUCAUGCAGUCUUGUCCUAACUUCUUUUUCUCUGUGUUUUUAUUGUAAAUAUGUUAGGUAUGGGACUUGAACGUGGAAUCACUUGUGGAAGGCAUUUGCCACUCAUUCUGUUACAAGACCAUUUUAGUGCCAAAUAUUUAAUCCACAGUUUUUCCCCUCUCUCACGUCAUUGUUGAAUCAGGGGCGACAUGACCUUAUUUAAAUGGUGACCGAACAUUUUUAAUCAAUUGACAGUGUUUAGUUUAUUCUUGGUCAUUGCUCCCUUUUGUAUUGUUACAAGUAAUACCUGUAUGAAGUUAAAGUUGCAGCCUCGACAGCUUGUAAAUACCUUGCACCUGCAGUGUGUAUUUUAAAAUUGAAGUUUGAAACUUUAUUUAUUCCACUGAAGCUUCAUGUCUUAAAGUCCUGUUUUAAAUGAUGUCGCUCAAGUAUAUCGUAAGAAAUAAAGUUA